UUCUCCCCUAAGAUGUUACACCUUUCAAGACUUUCAACUAGCACCAACUUUAGAAGAAUUUGAACAUAGUCCGGGCAUUUAUGUGAAGGAUCGAGCUCCCAUCACAGAUUUAUGGGAAACUUCCUAAUCAUCAGAUGAUAGCCACUGCUUUAUACAUGGAAAAGAAGGAUGUUACUCCUAACCUAAAAACUAAAGGAAGUGUUAAGGGUUUCUAAAAAAAAAGUUCUUGAAAGAUAAAGCCUUGGUCUUCACCAAAGUAGAGAAUUGGACGACUUUCAACGCCACAUUAGCUCUUCUAAUCUAUGGGAUCAUCUUAUGCCCCAAUAUUGAUGAUUUCAUCGAUAUGACCGUUAUUGGUAUUUUCUUGUCCACUCGGGACAAAAGACUCAUUUAAUCAAUAUCUCUUGCUUUCAAACAAACAAACAAAAAAAAACUAAAAACUUACACGCAAAAUCGUGAAGUCCAGAAUCCAAACUUUGAAAUUGUACUAAAUCUAACAAUAUUGAUAUUUGUUAACCGUUAAAAAUAAUUGCAAACUAAAAAUUUCAUUUUUGCAUAAACUAAUAGAUAUUUUUGAUGAAAAUGAAACAUUAAUUAAUUAUUGACUCAGAAAUAUUAAUUAAUCAAACAAAGUUGAACUAGUAAAAAUCCAGCUAUUAAAAUACUACAAUAAGAUCAUACCUGGAAAAAAAAAAAAACUACACUAAAAAAUUAUCUACUACAAAAAGGAAAAAAAAAACAUGAAUCCAAAAUCCAGAAACCAAAGUUCUGAUAAUUCCCGCGUGACGUGAUUAACUGUUAAACCGAGCCGGCUGGACGGCAAAACGGGUCCCACUAUUUCACGUUUUGCCGCGAGUUUUCAAAGUUAAUACAGUAAUUACCAGAAUAUCCCUAUUUGGUCUUAUUUACUCUCCUUCCGCGUACGUCUAUGAAGAAGAUGCAGCCAAUUAGCAGUUACUAUUAAUAUUUUUGUCUUUUUCAUCAUUUUUUUAUUUAUUAAAUAAGAAAACCAUAAUCUAUACGUUUUUUUAUCGCCACUAUUACCUUUGUCGUAUUAAUUUCAAAGACUUUAUCAUAAGGGUAAAUUGGUCAUUACGCAAACUGCCGUCCCGUUCCCAUUUUUUCAUUCCCGCAAAUUGAAUCAAUCAGUUAAUACUGUUUAUUUCCGUUAACGUCUAAAACUCUUACUCCACUAGUGCACUCUCAUUCCGAUCAAACUACCGCCAUGAACUCCGUAACCGUCACAACAAGAGCUCAGAUCCUCCGCUACGUAACGGCAUUCAUCACCGGCGUGAUUCAUCAAUCAGAACUCCGGCGUCACCUCCUUGAAACUCUCCACCGCGAAACUCCUGUAAAUCAAGUAAACCUAAAACAACUAAACCUCGCUGCAGACGCUCUUGAAAGCGCUAUUUCAUCCUCCAGUUCGUCUAUUCGUUCCUCUUCUCUCUCCCUCGCCGAGAAGCUUCUCCUUCCUCUCCAUGAUUUUCCCCUCUCUUCUUUCAUCCUCUCCCUCAUUCUUAUCCUCCGUAACCGUUCUGAUGAAUCCGCCAUCAGUCUCCUCCGAAUCUUCCAUUUGAAUCCUUCCCUCGCUCGAUCUGAAAUAGCACCAUCUCUCUACGAGCGCCUAUUUUAUAUCCAUCUCUUUCCUGUUUACCGAUGGUUCGAUGAACAGAGAACGCUGAUUUUGCCAUCCACUAGUGAAACCACGAGCCGCGAUACUGGAGACUACUCAGACGAGUUUGUGGCUAUGCCUUACGCGAAGUUGUUGUCGAAUGUGAGCGGUGAACAAGCCUCGAAGCUGAGGGAGUUGGAAAGAGAGUACGAAGAGGUUCUAGAUGAGAACUGUAGGGUUCUUGCUUUGUACUUUAAAGAGGUUUUGAUGAAUAAAGAUGAACAUACUACGGUUACUCCACCCUUGCUGAUACUGAAGAGCGCUGCAGAAGAUAGCAAUGGUGGUGGCCGAGAGCAGAGAAUGGAAGAUAUGCAAAUGCCUGUGUUAAAGAACGGACGGUAUAAUGUAAAUCCAAUGUGGUCCGAAAGGGAUACGUCUAUUGAAUUUGUGAGCAGCAAUUCCAGCAGUAGAUCCUCCCAGGCACCAUUAUAUCCUCAAAGAGUCUCUCCUAGAGUCCUUGAUGUCAAUCCCCCAAAAUCUUCAAAAAAUUGGAUAGCACCAGUCUAUUUAAACUCAGGCCCUGAAACUCAAUUUUCUUUAGAUGAGAAUUCGCUUUGUUCUUCUUCAGAUUCUGAAGCUGAAAAUGAGGAAAAAGACAAAAAUACAGCAUUGUUGGAGCCUCAACAAAGCCAAACCCAGGAACAAAUGCUAGCUAUCUUGAAAGAAUCCAUGGGCUUCCCGGAUAAUAAAAUGGCAGAUUACGAAAACACGUUGCUGAAUGGAAGUGGGAAACAAACGCCUCCUAAAGACUUUGUCUGUCCAAUAACUAGUAAUAUAUUUGAUGAUCCUGUGACUCUUGAGACUGGUCAGACAUAUGAACGAAAAGCUAUCGAGGAAUGGUUCAAUAGAGAGAACAUAACUUGUCCUAUAACUCGCCAGAAGCUGCAAAAUACCAAGCUACCUAAAACAAAUUAUGUGCUCAAAAGAUUAGUUGCCAGCUGGAAAGAAUGCAACCCCAGUUCAGUCCUGCCAACAUGUGAGAGUCCAUUCAAAGAUAACGAAGAAGAAAUAAAGACAACAAUGCCUUCAGCUUCUCCUAAUAGUGUCAUAGCACAAGCCACCGCUGAUGGGAUGAUUAGUGAGUUACGCUGUGCAAUCAAUAACCUGUACAUGUCAGAGAUUCUCCAGGAAUCUGAAAUGGCGGUUCUUCAAAUUGAGAAGCUUUGGAGAGGAGGGAAUAUGGGAGUGGAUAUCCAUAGCAUGCUAUCAAAACCUCCAAUAAUUAACGGGUUUAUGGAGAUACUUUUCAAUUCUGUUGAACCCCAGGUCCUACAAGCAGCAGUUUUUCUUCUGGCCGAGAUGGGGUCUAGAGACAAUGUUGUUAUUCAGACUCUCACACGUGUGGAUACCGAUGUUGAAUGUAUAAUGGCUCUUUUCAAGAAAGGGUUGACUGAGGCUGUUGUGCUAUUGUAUGUCCUAAACCCUCCCACUGUGACUCUUACCGAGAUGGCCAUAGUGGAGUCCCUCAUAGAAGUUUUCAUUAAGAAAGAGGAAGACUUGGUUAAGAUGUGUUUAAAUCCAAGAACAGCAGCGGUUCUUCUACUGGCACAGGUUAUUGGAGGCAGCGAUGAGAUAAUUGCGUCUUCGAUUGUCAAAACUAUGUUCUCUGAGAAAGCAAUUGAAGCUGUUGUUGGAAGUUUGGGAGCUGAAUGGGCAGAGGAGAGGAUUGCUGCAGUGGAGAUCUUAUUGAGAUGCAUGCAAGAGGAUGGAACUUGCAGGAACACCAUUGCAGAUAAAGCAGAGCUGUCUCCUAUUCUUGAAAGCUUCAUCAGUGCAACAGAUGCAGAACGUUUCAAGAUUGUUGAAUUUUUUUCUGAGUUGAUCAAACUAAAUAGGAGAACAUUCAAUGAACGAAUCCUCCACAUUAUUAAGGAAGAAGGACCUUUUAGUACAAUGCACACUCUUCUUAUUUAUUUGCAGACAGCCCUUCAAGAUCAAAGGCCAGUCAUGGCUAGUCUUUUACUCCAACUUGAUCUUCUGGUUGAACCAAGAAUGAUGAGCAUUUACCGUGAAGAGGCGAUAGAUACUCUUAUUUCAUGCCUGGGGAACUCAGAUUUCCCUACUACCCAGUUAGCAGCUGCUGAUACAAUUAUGUCACUGCAGGGGAGGUUCAACUCCUUUGGAAAGCCCCUUAUCAGAGAAGUCCUUCUCAAACGUGCAGGUAUUGACAAAAGUCCCAGAAGUGCUGUACAGGAGGACCAUAUCAACAACUUCUCAGAAGUCGAAACAAUUCCAGAAGAAGAGAAGGCAGCAGAUGAUUGGGAAAGAAAAAUUGCAUCUGUUCUAGUUAGCCACGAGUUUGGUAUACUCUUUGAAGCUUUGGCAGAUGGCAUGAAGAGCAGAAUUCCAGAACUGCGUUCAGCAUGCUUUAUUUCCGCUACGUGGCUCGUAAACAUGCUGACCAUUCUACCAGAUACAGGGAUACAAGGAGCAGCCCGUGUCUGUCUGCUAAAGCAGUUCGUAAAUAAAUUAAAUUCUGCCAAGGACAUAGAACACCGAAUCCUCUCUAUGCUUGCUCUCAACAGCUUUCUUCAUUUUUCUGAUGGCGUACGUGAUCUAACUGCUUCCUACGCUAAGGAUAUCUUAAAAGGUUUGAGAGAGCUAAAGAGAUUUUCUCUCUUGGCAUCUGAAAUGCUGAACGUUUUGGUUGAUGAAAACCAGUCUAAAACAGACAUUUGGAGACAUAAAGAGCUAAUUCAAAUAGACUGCAGAGAUAAUGGAGAAGUGUUGUCUGUCAUUUGGUUCAAGGAUAAAAUUAUAUCAGGCCAUACAGAUGGAAGAAUCAAGGUCUGGACAUUAAAAGAUAACUUAUUACUUCUGUUGCAAGAGAUCCAAGAACAUACUAAGGCCGUGACAAGCUUGACGAUUUCAGAAUCUGGUGACCGACUUUACAGUGGUUCACUUGACCGAAGUGCAAAGAUCUGGUCUAUUGGAAAGGAAGCAAUACAUUGUGAGCAGGUGCAAGAUAUGAAGGACCAGAUUCAUAAUUUAGUUGUAACUAAUAGCACAACUUGUUUCAUUCCACAGGGGGCAGGAGUCAAGGUUCACUCAUUGAAUGGAGAAUCCAAAUUGUUAAAUUCUAGUAAAUAUGUGAAGUGUUUGGCUUAUGCUCUUGGAAGAUUAUAUUGUGGAUGCCAUGACAGUAGUGUUCAGGAGAUACAUUUGGCCACUGGAACUAUUAGUAAUAUUCAAAGUGGUUUUAAAAGAUUACUAGGGAAAUCCAAUCCUAUUCAUGCUCUGAAAAUUCAUGGUGAACUUAUAUAUGCAGCUGGCUCUUCCUUGGACGGAACUGCUAUAAAGAUAUGGAACAAUUCCAAUUACAGCAUGGUUGGAUCACUGCAAACUGGAUCAGAAGUGAGGGCUAUGGCAGUGAGUUCAGAAUUAAUUUAUUUGGGGUGCAAGGGAGGUGUUGUAGAAAUUUGGGAUAAGAAGAAACACAUUAGAGUUGACACGUUACAGUUGGGUACAAAUUGUAAGGUUAAUUGCAUGACUCUAGACAGCAAUGAAGAAAUUUUGGUGAUUGGAACUUCAGAUGGCCAAAUUCAGGCUUGGGAAAUGACUUAAAAGAAGAUACUUGUACAGGAAGACAAGUAUAUAGCUUAUAAUACUAAAUUCAUUAAACCUUAAAAAUGCACAUUUUUUAGGUUCAUUGGGGGCUGUAUAUAGCUCACAGGUUUAUACAUAAAAAAGCGUUGUACAUAUAUUGAUUUGCUAUGUAGAUAUGUAAUCAAGGAACAAAAGAUUUCUCUAUUUACCGGAACACUAAACACCACUAGUCUUGAUCAUGAUACAUCAUCAUUAAGGUAUAUCUUAGAGUCUAUGAAGAACACCUGGCGCCCACCGCGGGGCCGAGGUAAAGUAAUUUCAGGGCCACGCUUGGAAAAACUUAUAAGAUGGUGCAAGCCCAACCUUCACCCGGGGAGAUUGCGGCUUUUAUUGCAAUCCAGUCCACUAUGGACAAAUUGCAACGUUAAAAUGAAAUCUUGCAAACAGAAGUUCAAUCCAUUCAGCUCUCUCCAUGUGGUGUGAGAAAAUGAUUUUCUU